AUGGCGGAACCUCGUGCGCGCGCCGCCCGGCACAAGGGUCAAAUGAACUUUGCCUCAGAACUGCGCCUACUCCUUCUCGCCUAUGGCGACCCCAGUCCACACCCAUCAUUCCCCUCGGAACCGCUCCCAGAAACGGUCCGCGUCCUCGACGAAAUUGUGACCGACUUCAUUCUCGAGCUCUGCCAUGGCGCCGCACAAGUGGCGCACCACGCGCGCCGGCAAAAAAUUAAAGUCGACGAUUUCCGAUUCGCUCUCCGACGGGAUCCGAACAAGCUUGGCCGUGUGCAGGAGCUCCUUCGUAUGGAGCGUGAGCUGAAAGAGGCGCGCAAGGCUUUCGAUCAGAAUGAUGAUCAGGUUGCCAAGGAUGCGGGCAAGAAGGGGGCUGCGUCGCCUGAGGAUCCAGAUGGCGCAGAGAGUGUGACGGGGACGGAUAAAACGGGGAAGAAGGCCAAAGGGAAAGGCAAGAGAGCUGCUGCGUCCAGACGGGAAUCUGAUGCGACGGAGGAAUCGGUCUCGAAGAAGCGCAAGACUGUUGGAUGA